AUUUUUGGUGUAUAUUUUUAUAUAGUUUAAUAUUUACUCUUGGCACAUUUUGGUAGAAGAGAAUGGAGAAAAAGGAUGAAGUGGUGGUUGGUGUGCCGGUGUACGAAAACCAAUACCAGAGGGGGGUGAUUCCUCCUAACGCGGUGGUCGGAGAUCCCAAGGGCAUCCCCAUCCACCAGACCAUUUACAGAGACACUCCUGCUCCGUUCAACUGCCCUUACUGUGGUGUCACCGCUCUCACUACCGUCAGAUCGAAGCCCAGUCUGGCUGCAUUUGUUGGAUGCUUGAUGCCGAUGAUGCUUGGAGUUUGCUUUCUUUGCCCCUCAAUGGACUGCCUUUGGCAUAAAUAUCACUACUGUCCUAACUGUCAAGAAAAGGUCGCUGACUUUGAGAAAGCAGAUCCCUGUGCUGUCAUGGAUCCACCACACUGGACUCAGGAGAGCUUUGCAUUGGCUGGGUAGGAUCACAAUUCUGCUUCUGCCAUUUGCGCUUGCAUUUUCUGCAACCUGUAACAUAGUCAUAUCUUAAGAAUUGGACAAAUAUGAAUACUUGUUACUUACCGUUCUCGAAUUUCAUCGAAAUUAGAAUUAUCUACUUGUACGUCUUUUGUUGCACAGCUAUAAUAAACUCAUGUUUUGUUAAUAUUAUACUUCAUAGAGAAUUUCUGG